AAUCAAAGCCGAUGAAACCGGAAAUGUCAACCUAGAUCUGCGAAGAGUGCGAAUUAGGGAGGCAUUAGCUUCACUUUGAAACAUAACAUGGAUUGCUGAUUGAAAGGAAGAAACAGACACAUAAGCUCGUCGAAACCAACCCGCGAAUAUGACAAAUGUGUACUCUUUUGAUGGCAUCCUGGUUUUUGGGCUGCUGUUCAUCUGCACGUGUGCAUACCUCAAAAAGGUGCCUCGCCUCAACAGUUGGCUACUCUCUGAGAAGAAGGGGGUGUGGGGCGUCUUCUACAAAGCCGCAGUAAUCGGGACACGGCUUCACAUUGCUGUGGCGGUAUCUUGCCUGGCGAUGGCGUUCUACUUGGUGUUCUUAAAAUGAGAGCAUCAGACUGGACUGGAAAAGACUGGAUGGAUGCAGGCUGGGGACGGACUCACCUGAAUGGUCGUGUGUUAAUCCUUGUUGUGGACACUUCUUGGAUUAUGUGACCGAUGAAGCCCUGUGGCCUGGCGGACCCAUUUGACAGACAAGCCAGUGCUGCCCCCCUGUGGUGACUGGGUUAAUGACUUCUCCUUUCCUCUCAUGUCUGUGCACCACAGACAUGCAGGUCAUCCUGAAUUUACCUUACCAAUGUGAUAGAGGAGAGAAAUCAUUGGGGUCACUUGGUGUAAUUUUAUUGCUGGGUAACAUUUUUUUGUUGUCUCUACACCUCCCCAUGAUAAUUUAUACUGAAGGACGAAGUGGAAGGUGUAAGAUUUUCAUUGUACCUUAUUCCUGCAUAAAAUCUAAGAAUAACCUAGCUGUAUAUAUUUGAAAAACUAUGACCAAGAGAGGUUUACGGCACAGAGGAUAAGUGCAGUCAGACUAAAAGUGAUCAAUUCUGCUUGGUCCCAACUAUGCUGUUUUUCCUGUAUCCAUUUCCUUCACUCAAGGAGGGAAGGAGAGAAACAAAGCUAAUAUAUGAAACUGUUCUUGCGUAUACUUAAUAUUUUACUCUUUUUGGAUCUUUUACCCUUUCUUAACAGUACUGUUAGGCCUCCUGGAGUCUUGUAUUUUUGUUUUCGGGUUGAAAUGCACACUACACUGGGGAACACUGUAUUUACCCUACACAAUGCAUCCAACUCUGUACCAUGUGACAUUUGUUUUUAGCAUAACAGAUCGGUCAGUGUAUGUCACUUCAAAAAAAUUCUGUCAACAUUGCACGGUGCUGCACAGAGAAGAUGACGACAAUUUUUAGAAGCAUAUCUAAACGAAUUACAUGUGGAAUUGGAUAAUUGUAUCUGACCUGCCUGAAGAUUUAACCGUAUUGCCAAACAGGUGUGAUGCUCGUCAUGCCAUCUUAAAUCAAACACUGUUAAACUCUGACUUUAUAAUGAAGUAAAAGGAUUAUAGACGAGUCCCAAACUGUCACCUUAUUUUUUUAUAACGAUACGCAGAGAAGAAAGUUAUGUGGUGUUUUUUUGGGGGUGGGGUUGGGUGAUUUGUUUUCCAGUAAAGAAUUAAUGACACAAGGUC